AAAAUGUCGGAAUUCCCAUUUGACCGUUUUUUGUCGUAGUAAUUAUUCUAAUUCCUUCUGCUCCCGCUUACAUACAUAGCUCUCAGUUCCUCUAGCCUAGACUACCUAAGGUAAACAGUCGUAUAAGUGUGUAACUAACGGAGAAGUGGCCGGAGUUUACUCUCAUGUGUUGGUAAUAGACUAUUACUACCAGACAUCCCCCAUUUUCACUUGCCGCUUAUAUUACUUUUACUACAGUCUACUACUACGUUGCUACCUUAUUCUUCCAAGAUCAUCCCCAAACGCUACUUUUUGCUUCAUACUCAAUAGACAGCAAUUUAUUAAAACCUAUCUCCAAGACCUUAUCCAAGCUAUAAGAUAAUUGUGUAACAACUCACUUAUACUUGCUAUACCUACGUCACUCUCGCAUUGUCUUUGCGAGUAAGUCUAGGCUGCUUUUUUUGGCUAUACCAUGGCAAAUGAAGCUGAGGAUAAGGAGACAAAGCCCGCCGAUCCACUUACAGAUGUCAAUAACACCGCCAACUCUGAGCCGGCCUCAGUCUAUGAGGAUCCCGACGAGGAGAUCCGUAGACAAGAGGAGUCCGAUGAGAAAAGAGCCGACCGCGAGGAAUUAAAACACACUCAAAGCUAUGCCACCGAUACGAGCGCAAUCACUCGCACAACCUCGAGAGCUUCCGUGCCAGUGACUAAGAAGCCAUGGUAUAAAACACCAAAUCCGCUACGAUGGGGUUCAAUACCCCCCGUUCCUAAGGAGCGCCAAGUCUCGAGGGAGUACAAAGCUAGCUUCUGGAGUAAACUGACAUUUCAAUGGAUGGCUCCCAUGAUGGAUGUCGGGUACAAACGGCCCCUAGAGCAAGAUGAUCUCUGGCUGGUGAACCCUAAUCGGAAAGCCGAUAGGAUGACGGGUAAGGCGAGAGAAUCGUUCGAAAGACGGAAAAAUAAUGGUGACAAGUACCCCCUACUCUGGGCGCUCCACGAGACCUUCUUCUGGGAGUUCUGGGUCGGUGGUUUCUGUCAACUUUGCUCGUCCAUUUUUCAAGUCAUGUCUCCUUUCACUUUACGUUACCUCAUUGAGUUCGCCCAGGAGGCCUGGGACGCAUCUCAGACCGGCUCGCCACCACCGCAAAUUGGCGCGGGAAUAGGCCUAGUUAUCGGCGUAACUGCCAUGCAGAUCUUGCAGAGCUUGGGAGUCAACCACUUCAUAUAUCGCGGUAUGAUGAUCGGAGGGCAGACGCGCGCCGUCCUGAUUAGUCUCAUCUUCGAGAAGUCCAUGGUACUCUCUGGCCGGGCAAGGGCUGGGGGCAAGGAGGGUGUCGAUAACUCAACAGAGAAUGGCCAGGGGGAGAAAGGAAAAGAAAAAUCAGAAAAGGACAUAAAAGGAGAUAAGGCAGGCAUUUCUGGUGACGGCACUGGCUGGAGCAAUGGAAAGAUCGUGAACUUGAUGAGCGUUGACACCUACCGUGUGGACCAAGCCAGUGCCAUGUUCCAUCUGAUUUGGACGGCACCUAUUUCAUGCAUUAUAACUCUUAUCGUCCUCUUGAUUAAUCUGACGUACAGCGCUCUGGCUGGCUUCGCACUCCUCGUGAUCGGUAUUCCGGCCUUGACCAGAGCAAUCCGCUUGCUGUUCCGGCGCCGUGCUGCUAUUAACAAGAUAACGGAUCAACGAGUAAGCCUAACCCAGGAGAUUCUUCAGUCAGUCCGGUUUGUCAAGUAUUUCGGGUGGGAAGGAGCUUUUCUCGAACGCCUCAAGGAUAUUCGGACUCGAGAGAUCCACGCUAUCCAGGUCCUCCUUGCUAUUCGAAAUGCCAUCAAUGCUGUCAGCAUGUCGCUUCCUAUCUACGCUUCUAUGCUUUCUUUUAUUACCUACUCGCUCACCGAUCACGGUCUCCCAGCCGCCCAAGUCUUCUCGUCCCUCGCGCUCUUUAACGGGUUACGUAUGCCCCUGAACUUGCUCCCCUUGGUGAUUGGUCAGACGGUCGAUGCUUGGUCGUCCCUCAAGCGUAUCCAGGAUUUCAUGCUAUCUGAAGAGCAGGAGGAGGACGUCAUCUUGGAGCCCGAGGGAAAGAAUGCGGUUGAGAUGCACAAUGCUAGCUUUACCUGGGAAAGGACGCCGAGCCAGGAAUCUGAAAAGUCAGUGGUUGCUGGUGGGGACAAGAAAGGCAAGAAUGGACGACCUCAGCAAAAGGGAGCGAAGCAAAACCAGAAGCCAGGCAACAAUAAUGGAUCAUCGGAGGAGAACGCCGAGGAUACAGCAAGCACGCUUGUGGAGGAACGUGAGCCGUUCAAACUACAGGAAUUGAAUGUUGAAAUUGGCCGAAAUGAGCUGGUUGCUGUUAUUGGAACUGUAGGAAGUGGGAAGAGUUCCUUGCUUUCUGCGCUUGCUGGCGAUAUGCGGAAGACAUCAGGUGAGGUAGUGCUAGGAGCAUCUCGAGCUUUCUGUCCGCAGUAUGCUUGGAUUCAGAACACGAGCGUCCGGAAUAACAUUCUUUUCGGGAAAGAGAUGGAUCGCGAGUGGUACAAAGAGGUCAUUAGAGCUUGUGCUCUACAACAAGAUUUGGACAUGCUUCCCAACGGAGACGCUACCGAAAUAGGUGAAAGGGGAAUCACUAUCUCAGGCGGACAAAAGCAGCGACUUAACAUUGCUCGAGCCAUCUACUUCGAUGCUGAUAUCGUACUUAUGGACGAUCCUCUCAGUGCUGUCGAUGCCCAUGUUGGUCGACAUAUUAUGGACAACGCUAUCCUAGGUCUCCUUAAAGACAAGUGUCGUAUCCUUGCCACGCAUCAAUUGUGGGUUCUUAAUCGCUGUGAUAGAAUCAUAUGGAUGGAUGGCGGCAAGAUGCAAGCGAUCGACACAUUUGACAACCUAAUGGCGAACCACUCGGGUUUCAGGCACCUAAUGGAGACAACAGCUUUGGAAGAAACGAAUAAGGAAACGCCGGCUACCGUCGAAGAGAAGACAGGUGACGAUAAGGACAAGAAGAAAAAGAAGCGUGGUCAGGGGUUGAUGCAAGCGGAGGAGCGAGCAGUGUCAAGCGUCCCAUGGUCUGUUUAUAUCGGUUAUAUUCGAGCUUCAGGAAGCAUUCUCAACGCUCCUCUCACAUUAUCUAUCCUUUUGCUUUCCCAGGGCGCCAAUAUCAUGACAAGUUUAUGGCUUUCCUACUGGACGUCAGACCAUUUCGGCCUAACGACGGGAGUAUAUAUCGGCGUUUACGCCGGCUUAGGCACGCUACAAGCCAUGCUAAUGUUCGCCUUUUCUAUUCUACUAACCAUAUUCGGCACAAAUGCUAGCAAGACUCUUCUCAGACAGGCCGUGUCGAGAACCCUCAGAGCACCGAUGUCGUUCUUCGACACGACGCCUCUAGGUCGUAUUACGAAUCGGUUCUCCAGAGAUGUCGAUGUUAUGGAUAACAACUUGGCUGAUGCGAUGAGGAUGUAUUUCCUCACGUUGGCCAUGAUAAUAACUGUGUUCGCGCUGAUCAUUGCUUUUUUCCACUACUUUGCUAUUGCGUUAGUUCCGCUCGCUAUUCUCUUCGUGCUUGCGGCAUCGUACUACCGAGCCUCGGCGAGAGAAGUAAAGCGCUUCGAAUCAGUACUUCGAUCUAUCGUAUUUGCUAAAUUCGGCGAGGGUCUUAGCGGCGUGGCAUCUAUCCGCGCGUACGGGUUAAGGGAUCGUUUUAUCGGCGACCUUCGAAACGCUAUCGACGAGAUGAAUUCGGCAUAUUACCUAACAUUCUCGAACCAGCGGUGGUUAUCCGUGCGCCUGGACGCUAUCGGAAACGCGCUCGUGUUCACCACGGGUAUCCUCGUGGUCACGUCCCGAUUCGACGUUUCACCAUCGAUCGGCGGUCUCGUGCUCUCGUACAUCCUAUCGAUCGUGCAGAUGUUGCAGUUCACGGUAAGGCAGCUAGCCGAGGUGGAGAACGGCAUGAAUGCCGUGGAACGCCUCCAGUACUACGGCACACAGCUCGAGGAGGAGGCGCCGGAGCACACGAUCGACGUCCGUCCUACGUGGCCUGAGAAAGGCGAGAUUAUCUUCGAUGACGUCGAGAUGCGGUAUCGUGCGAAUCUGCCCUUGGUUCUUAAGGGUCUGAGUAUGCACGUCCGCGGUGGCGAGCGUAUAGGUAUCGUGGGACGUACCGGAGCCGGUAAGAGUUCUAUCAUGUCGACUCUAUUCCGCCUAGUCGAGAUUUCAGGGGGCCACAUCUACAUCGACGGCCUAGACAUUUCCACAAUUGGCCUACAUGACCUGCGCUCGCGCUUAGCCAUCAUCCCGCAAGACCCAACGCUCUUCCGCGGGACGGUGCGCAGUAACCUGGACCCCUUCAACGAGCACACGGACCUAGACCUCUGGUCCGCGCUCCGCAAAGCCGAUUUAGUCCCCGCCGACGCAAACAUCGACGACAAGGACCCUUCGCGCAUCCACCUCGACAGCGUAGUCGAAGAAGACGGGCUGAACUUCUCGCUCGGACAACGACAACUAAUGGCGCUAGCGCGCGCCCUAGUCCGCGGGUCCCAGAUCAUCGUGUGCGACGAGGCGACGUCGUCGGUGGACAUGGAGACGGACGACAAGAUCCAGAAGACGAUGGCGGUCGGGUUCCGCGGCAAGACGCUCCUAUGCAUUGCGCACCGGCUGCGCACGAUUGUCGGAUAUGAUAGGAUAUGCGUUAUGGACGCGGGACGCAUUGCGGAGCUGGAUUCGCCGAUUGAGCUUUGGAGACGCGGGGGUAUAUUUAGGAGUAUGUGUGAUAGGAGUGGUAUUCGGGAGGAGGAUAUUUUGAUGGCUAUGAGGGGGCUUAGGGGGGAGGGAGAGGAGGAGGGGGAUCUGGGUGAGGAUAUAGGGGAAGGCUCGGGGGGGAAGAGCGAGAAGGAUGAUGAGGUUUAGAUGAUAUAAAAAGCUGGACGAAGAUAAAGUGAUGGGUGGUGGGUGAUAUGAUACAGACAGGACAGGAUACGAUACGAUACGAUGGGUCUUGGAUAGAAGUUAAUAUUGGGUAGAUGUGGUAUAUACCUAGGUAGCGAUACACG